AUGACCCAACUAACUUUUCUCAAGCUUGAAGAAAAUAACUUGGAAGGUACCAUUCCGAGCUCAUUCUCUGAACUCAAGAGUAUUGAGUUGCUUGACUUAGGAAGCAAUAACUUGGAAGGUACCAUUCCGAGCUCAUUCUCUAAACUCAGGAGUAUUGAGGUUCUUUACUUAGAUGAAAAUAACUUGGAAGGGACCAUUCCGAGCUCAUUCUCUGAACUCAAGAGUGUUGAGCUUCUUGGCUUAGGAGGAAAUAACUUGGAAGGUACCAUUCCGAGUUCAUUCUCUGAACUCAAGAGUAUUGAGCAUCUUUACUUAAAUGAAAAUAACUUGAGUGGGAUGCUGGAUUUUGACAUGUUUCUUAAUUUCAAAAAUUUAACUUCGUUGGACCUUUCAUCCAACAAUUUGACAUUGCUAACCAAGGCCAAUUCAAAUGAUACUCUUCAACAGUUUGAAACUCUAGAUUUGAGUUCUUGCAACUUGCGAAAAUUCCCAGAUUUCUUACGCAAUCAAAACAAAUUGAGCUUUCUUCAUCUCUCACACAACAAUCUUCAAGGCCUAAUACCCAAAUGGUUUUAUAAUGCAAGUAUAGAAUCUCUUGAGUUUAUAAACCUUUCUGAAAAUUUUCUAGUAGGCUUUGAACAAUCACCAAUAGUUCUCCCAUGGUCUAAACUAUCAAGUUUAGAUCUUGGCAAUAACUCGUUGCAAGGAUCACUCCCAAUUCCACCACCAUCUACCACGAUUUAUCGAGUCCAAAGGAACUUCAUAAGAGAAAUGUCAUCGUUGUUGAUUUGCAAUCUGAGUUCACUUGAACUACUUGAUUUGUCCUAUAACAACUUGAGUGGCAUGCUUCCUCCAUGUUUAGGAAACUUUAGUUCUCCUUUGUUAGUACUUCAACUACGAAGCAACGACUUCCAUGGCACCAUCCCAAAAACGUGGUCAAAGGGAAGUGGCUUAAAGAUGAUUGACUUAAGUGAAAACCAAUUGCAAGGUCAGCUACCAAGAUCCAUGGCUAAUUGUAUGAUGUUAGAGUUACCUUCAUGUUGUUUCUCUGGAAAUUUGCCCACCGAGUAUUUCCUAUAUUGGAAUGCCAUGAAAGUUGUUGGUGCAAAUCAGUUGAUAUACAUGGAGCUAGAUAUUACUAGCAGAGACGGCUCCUUCAAUGGUACUGUCCUUUGCACAGUUACAGUGACAAACAAAGGCUUAAAUUUGGAGUAUGAUAAAAUCCAAGAUCUGUUCACGGACAUCUAUAUUGGAGCAGGUGAGAGUUCAGCAACUACCUUAGAAUGGCCAAUGUCUGAGCUGAUAAGAAACCCAAGAAUAAUGGAGAAGGCACAAGCAGAAGUGCGACAGGUCCUGAUAGGGAAGAGAAAAUUGGAAGGGAAAGACAUGCAGCAGUUAGAUUUCGCGAAAUAUGAUCAAAGAAACUUUAAGAUUACAUCCUCCUGUUCCCUUACUAAUAAGAGAAUCCAAGGAAAGAUGUAA